CGGUCCCGAUUAGUCGACGCCGGUGUGGAACAGUAUAAUUCCCAUUUGCUGCGAGUUCGCGCGCGGGAGAUCCAGUGGCUGUCCUUCGGCGGCGGUACGCGAUCGCGUGUAUCAGUCGGACGUGCGGCGAGAGCACACCGGUGCCCGGCAACUUGCGCGCGCGCGCGUGUGGAAAAAGUAGAAGGAAUCGCGCGCGGUCCUCUAUCGCCACGUUAUUCGCGGCGCUCCCGACGCGGGCCGCGACGUGCCGGCAAAGGCGUAAAAACCGACUUGCCUCCUCCUGAUCUCCGCCGUGUAAACGACUCCGCACGGCAAGAUGGCGGAGCUGCAGGGCACCCCGGUGGCACAGGACGCCCUGACCGUGGCGCAGCUCGAGCUUGAGGGGAAUCCGAAUGCCUUGGCGCUGCGCAGGCCGUUCGACCCGGUGGCGCAUGAUCUUGACGCGUCCUUCCGACUGACGCGAUUCGCCGACCUAAAAGGAUGAGGGUGCAAGGUCCCUCAGGAGGUUCUUGGUAAACUCCUCGAGGGACUGCAGGCCGACGAAGCGUCCGCGCAAGAUCACGAACAUGCCCACUUUAUGCACAUGGCCAUCCCGCGGAUCGGCAUUGGCAUGGAUUCCUCUGUCACGCCCGUGCGACACGGCGGGCUUAGCCUGGUGCAGACCACAGAUUUCUUUUACCCGCUAGUCGACGAUCCUUAUAUGAUGGGUAAAAUUGCGUGCACCAACGUGCUCAGCGAUCUGUACGCAAUGGGCGUCACGGACUGCGAUAACAUGUUGAUGCUGCUGGGCGUCAGUACGAAGAUGACUGAGAAGGAGCGCGAUGUCGUUGUGCCACUAAUAAUGAGAGGGUUCAAAGAUUCCGCUUUGGACGCGGGCACCACGGUGACUGGUGGCCAGACCGUCGUGAAUCCUUGGUGCACCAUCGGCGGGGUGGCUACCACUGUGUGCCAGCCGAACGAGUACAUCGUGCCGGACAACGCUGUAGUCGGGGACGUAUUGGUCCUAACGAAGCCCCUCGGUACGCAAGUUGCCGUCAACGCGCAUCAGUGGCUCGAUCAGCCCGACCGUUGGAACAGGAUCAAGCUGGUAGUGAGCGAGGAAGAUGUGCGGAAGGGUUAUCAACGUGCAAUGGACAGCAUGGCCAGGUUGAACAGAACAGCUGCGAGAUUGAUGCAUAAAUAUAACGCACAUGGAGCCACGGACGUCACUGGUUUCGGUCUUCUUGGACACGCUCAAAAUUUAGCAAAGCAUCAGAAGAAUGAAGUUUCCUUUGUUAUCCAUAAUCUCCCUGUUAUCGCCAAGAUGGCUGCGGUGGCGAAGGCAUGCGGGAAUAUGUUCCAGUUAUUGCAGGGCCAUUCAGCCGAGACUAGCGGCGGUCUGCUCAUUUGCCUUCCUCGAGAACAGGCUGCAGCUUAUUGUAAAGACAUCGAGAAACAGGAAGGAUAUCAAGCAUGGAUUAUCGGCAUCGUGGAAAAGGGCCUUCGCACGGCAAGAAUAAUCGACAAGCCGCGAGUAAUUGAAGUUCCGGCCAAGGAAAAGGACGGCGAGCUCUGGUAAAAGAAAAGGACAGGGCUAUCCCAUAUUUGCCUCCUCAAUUAUAUGUACGUUCGUAUACUUGGAAAAUAGCACGCAUACACACUCGACAGGCGCUUUUACGUGCACCACAGACAAAAAAAAGGAGUUAUUUACUACGUAUAUCUGUAUAUCAUUUACGGAGAAAAAAACAUUUUAAGUGGUAUUCAAAUCUUAAUUAUUAAAAAAAUGCAAAGUUUGAAAGCCAAAUCAUGCGAAUCAUCUGUAUACAAUGGUUCUUGCGAUUUCAUAAUCAACUUAUUAGCGAAUACCACAUCAUUUUUUGUUCCAAGUCUCUUACCCACAUAUUGUAGAGAAUCUGUUCUUUUUCUUCUGAUAUGUGGCAUUUCUUUCCGUAUUAAUGUGUAAAACUGACUGCAAGUUUAAAAAGUUACGGCGAUUAUUUUUCUCUUGUAUCAAGUACAGUUAAGAAGAUGAUAAAUUUAGUAUUUUUAAGAUUAAGGUAGCACUAAGUUCUCAAACUAAGAAGCUUUCAAAACCGCAACCCGAAUAAAUAUUCGACGAGCAAGGGGGAUAUACAUAUGUAUAUUAUAUCGGGUAGCGAAUUUGGGUGCUCGGUGUUAACGGCGUUUAAAAGAAAUAUUGAUGAUCGUAAAUAAUUGCAAAGAUCUACGAAGUAUAUUUUACAAGACGCAAAAUGCAAAAUGACUGGGUAGUAUACGUUAUUUUACAUAGCAGAUUACAAACUGGUGAUGCGUAAAUCAGAACGACAGUGACUUUCACGAAGGGAGAGAUAUUGUUAAAUAAGUAGUAUAUAUGAACGGAGAACAGAAAGGGGACACGUGGCGUUUUAGCCGAAACUGAAUUAACAAUGGUUCCUCGUUUCAAAAUCAAAAUUGAGAGAAAAAGCUUUUCUUGGCGAGGAGGCUCUGUCCUCGGGGCAAAGCAGCUAGUGAAAAAAAAAUGCAUUGCUCGUAAAAUGAGCUCGGUUCUUCUCGAGUGCACAACUUUGUCAGAUUUAUCCCUUUCUGUUCUGACCGAUUCAUAUGCAAUAGCAGACUUAUGAUCCUCGCAUCUCGGGGAGAUAUAAUCUAAGAGUUCGAAGUAGAGCACCAUACACACGCAUACGCAGAGAUGUGGAGUCCCAAAAAGAAAGACAAAGGCCUUCUACUUGUCUCCCGUGCAUACGCUUUGAACGAUUCAAGGAAGAAAUUAAAGCACAGGCCCUAACGUUGUAUUACUUUUUCAUAUGAAUAAAGUGCUACUUUGUCAAUAAAA